GGGUCGGCGGAGGGGAGCGCUGCCGCACCGCUCCCCCGCGGUCACCUUGGCGGCCAUGGUGUUCCUGCCGGACGAGGCGCGGUCGCUGCCGCCUCCUCCUCUGCUCAACAAGGGCUCGGCCUGGCUGGGUCUGACCGGCUGGGUGACAGCUCUGCUGGACAACGGCUUCAACAAGCGCCCCAUCAUCCGAGCCGGUGUUCACCGCCAGGUGCUCUUCACCACCGUGGGGUGGUUUGUUGGGUAUUACCUGAUCAAACGCACCGAGUACAUGUACGCCAAGCUGGACAGAGACCUCUUGGAGUAUGUCAGGCAGCACCCAGAGGACUUCAAGGCAGCAGAAAAGAAAAAGGUGGGAGAGCUUUUGGAAGAGUUCCGCCCAAUCCGCUGAGGUUUUCUCCCGUGGUGUCCCAGGAUGCAGCUGCUGAACUAAUUCCUUACUGAGGAUUUUUGGAGAGCUGGCUGUAACUCUUCAACUAUCCAGAGGUUAGAAAAUGAACCAUUGCUUAUUUUCAUGUAAUAAAAGUUACCAUGAAAUCCA